AUGACGUCUCCUGAAUGGUGGGUAUGCACAAAUAUAGCCAAAUCGGUAAAUUGGCCAGUGUACCACAUAAAUGAAAUGUGGGAUUUGCAUCCAGGGAGUAAAUUUGAACAGUUUUUUCAAAGUUCCAAAUCACUCAAAGAGAUGAUGAUCGUACGUUCGAGAAUUAACAGACAUUCAAUACGAUUAACACUGCUUAUUAUCGUAAUUAUAUUGUUGCAAUGCACUGCAGUAAAACGUGAAGACUUUCGUACUUGCGCUCAGACUUCAUUUUGUAGACGCAAUAGAGCUUAUGCUGAUCGAGUAUCUGACAAUAACCUCAUUUCACCGUACAUUGCCACCCGCGAAUCAUUGAAAUUGGAUGGAGGAAUAUUAUCUGGAGAGAUUAUAAAUACUCUCACUUUGAUCAAAUUUACAUUCACGCUUGAUCUGUUGGAAGGCAACAUGGCAAGAUUACGUGUUAAUGAGAAAAAUCCAAUCGCAAAACGCUACAGCCAGACAUCAAAAUACGUUCUGGUUGGAGAACCAAAGAUUACCAAACAUUAUGGAAUACUUGACACUAAAGAUGAUCCAUUGAAGAUGAAUAUUGUAUUUGGUGAUGAUGAGCAAAACGAGCUUCUAAUCUAUUGCAGUCCGUUUCGAAUCGAAUUUUAUCGACAAGAGAAAGCCGUUGUGGUGUUAAAUGAAAGGGGGCUACUUAAUUUUGAGCAUCUGAGGGAGAAAACGGAUAAAUCGCAACCACCAUUAGUAGAUCAGUCGGGAGAGGGAGACAAUGCAAAUGAAAGCCCGGAAUCUAUAGCAAUGGACAUAACAUUUCCGGGAGUUGAACAUGUUUAUGGCAUACCAGAGCACACUUCUUCUUUUUCGCUCAAAGAGACACGUGGCGGAGAUGAGGCCUAUACAGAUCCCUAUCGUCUAUAUAACCUGGAUGUAUUCGAAUACGAGAUAGAUAACCCAAUGGCAUUAUACGGAUCAAUUCCGUUCAUGAUUGCGCACCACAGCGAUUCGACGGCAGCGGUCUUAUGGUUGAAUGGAGCAGAAACAUGGAUUGACGUUGUUAAAAGUAAAAGUAAAGAUUCGAAAGCCGAACCUCUAGUUCAAACACAUUGGAUGUCUGAAACGGGCAUCAUUGACGUUUUUGUGUUCCUUGGCCCAUCUGCUUCUGACAUUCUUAAAUCGUAUGCCACCAUUACUGGAUUCACGCCUCUUCCAAGACAGUUUGCCGUUGGCUAUCAUCAGUGUAGAUGGAACUAUAUCAACAAGAAAGACGUAUUAGAAGUGGAUGACGGGUUUGACAAACAUGGCAUACCAUAUGAUGUUAUAUGGUUAGACAUUGAGCAUACGGACGGGAAAAAGUAUUUCAGCUGGGAUCCGACGAAAUUUGCAGAGCCAGAAGAGAUGUUGGAGAAACUAGAUCGGAAAGGAAGGAGGUUAGUGACAAUCGUAGAUCCUCACCUGAAACGAGACGAUGACUACUAUGUGUAUAAAGAAGCCAAGGAUCAAGAUUUCCUGAUCAAAAAAUCCGACAACACCGUAUUCGAUGGGUGGUGUUGGCCAGGGAGUUCUUCCUGGGUAGAUUACACGAACCCUAAAGCCCAAAAAUGGUGGAGAGAGAAGUUUAGCUUUGAUCAAUAUAAAGGAUCUAGAGACAAUCUGUUUAUUUGGAAUGACAUGAACGAGGCAAGAAGAUUUUACAUUCAUCCUUCUGUGUUCAAUGGACCCGAAAUCACGUUUCCUAAGGACCUAGUCCACUACGAUGGAUGGGAACAUCGAAAUCUACACAACAUUUACGGUCUUUUAUUCCAUGCAGCAACUUCAAGAGGAAUUCGAUCCCGCACUGAUCCUCCACUUCGCCCGUUUGUCCUCUCUCGAGCAUACUUUGCCGGUUCCCAACGGUACGGAGCAAUUUGGACUGGCGAUAACCAUGCGACAUGGUCUCACCUGCAAGCAACCGUUCCAAUGCUUUUAUCCAACUCGAUCGCCGGAAUGGCAUUUGCCGGAGCGGACGUUGGUGGGUUUUUUGGCAAUCCCGAACCAGAAUUGUUGGUGAGAUGGUACCAAGCAGGAGCUUUCCAGCCCUUCUUUAGAGCUCAUGCACACAUUGAUACCAAACGAAGGGAGCCGUGGCUGUUUGGAGAAGAAAACACGAAAUUAAUUAGAAAUGCCGUCAGAGAGAGAUAUGCAUUGUUGCCACUAUUGUAUAGUCUCUUCUACGAGGCCAAUGUUACAGGAUUGCCUAUUAUGAGACCAAUGUUCUUGGUCCAUCCUUCAGCUAAAGAAGCUUUUGGAAUCGAUGAUCAAUUCUACGUCGGUGACUCUCUCAUCGUAAAGCCCAUUACUGCCGAAGGCGUUGUGGUCACAGAUGUUUAUCUUCCAAGUGAUGACCUUUACUAUGAUUACUGGACAUAUGCAGCAACCAGCGGGCCUGGUAACGUCCAAGUUGACGCACCUCUAGACAGAAUACCUGUCCUUCUCCGCGGUGGAUCGAUAAUCCCCCGACGACAGAGAUUCAGGCGAUCUUCUCACUCUAUGCGAUAUGAUCCGCUUACCCUAGUAGUCGCCUUGAAUAAGAAGAGAGAAGCUAGCGGAAGUUUGUAUCUAGAUGACGGAGACAGUUAUAAUCACUUGGAUGGCCAUUAUAUCUAUUGCAAAUUUACAUACAAGGAUCACGUCUUAACGUCUGUAUCAAAUGACGGAAACGCAAGCAAGAAUGAGUUUGCCAAGACGAUAGACGGUGUGAGAGUGGAAAGAGUGAUUAUUGUUGGUUUGAAGAAAAAGCCGGACAAGAUUGUAGCUAGACAUACGGGAGAUCAGAAGGGUAUCGAACCCGUAUUUUACUGGGGACGCAAGAACGUCAUUGGAACUGGUAUAGUUCAUACGAAUACCAACGAAGACGUGUUGAUCAUCAAAAAUCCAAACUUGCUCAUUCACAAAGACUGGGAAAUCGAGUUGACGAUUCGUGAAGGCUGGAGAUACUAA